AUGGACACUCAAGGGGCGAAGAGGAGACAGCAUGGGGAAUGGCAUGUAGUUUGCCGUUUUGCGCUGCUCACUUGCUUCUUGGACGCGGUUCUGGGACAGAUUCGUUACUCCAUCCCAGAGGAACUGGAGCAUGGCGCGUUUGUUGGCAACAUCGCAGAGGACUUGGGCUUGGAUUUGGACAAGCUGUCCGCUCGCAGAUUCCGAAUAGUCUCCGGUGCCAAGAAGCAAUACGUGGAGGUGAAUUUAGAAAAUGGAGUUUUGUUCGUCAACGAAAGAAUCGACCGAGAAGAACUAUGUGAGCAGAGUUUGUCCUGUUCCUUCCACUUGCAAGUGGUCAUAGAAAACCCUCUGGAGCUCUACAGGGUGGAGAUGGAGAUCUUGGACGUUAAUGAUAACUCCCCCAGUUUCCCGUGGACCGAGUUCAAUCUGGACAUCUCGGAGUCCGCUGCGCCCGGGUCCCGCUUCCCACUCGAGAGCGCACAGGACUUGGACAUCGGUGCCAACGCGCUCCGCACCUAUUUGCUGAGCGUGAAUGAGCAUUUCCUAUUGGACAUACAGACGCGCAGUGAUGGCAGUAAAUUUGCAGAACUGGUCCUGCAAAGCCCGCUGGACAGAGAGCAGCAGAGCGCGCAUCAAAUGGUCCUGACAGCAGUGGACGGCGGCGCGCCGGAGAGAUCCGGCACUGCGCAAAUUGACAUCACCGUCCUGGACGCGAAUGAUAACGCGCCUGUGUUUGACCAGUCGUUCUACAGGGUCCGCCUGGCCGAGAACGCACCCAAAGGCACAGUUGUCAUAAAGCUCAACGCGUCCGACCUGGACGAGGGUCCCAACGCUGACAUCACCUAUUCGUUCAGUGGCCACGCUCCCAUCAAAGUGCGCCAGCUCUUCAGCGUGGACUCGCGCACGGGAGAAAUCAAAGUCAAAGGAGUGAUAGAUUACGAAAAGGCCAGGAUGCAUGAGAUUUACGUCCAGGCUAAAGAUAAAGGGCCCUCCGCGGUGGCGGUUCACUGCAAAGUGCUGGUGAACAUCCUGGAUAAGAACGACAACCUCCCAGAGGUGAUCCUGACGUCUGUCUCCACACCUGUGCAGGAGGACGCGCCCCCGGGGACAGUGAUCGCCGUCAUCAGCGUGAUGGACAAAGACUCGGGUGAAAAUGGAAAUGUGGACUGUGAGAUUCCCAAUCAGGUCCCAUUUCAGCUGCACUCCUCCUUCAAGAACUACUACACACUAGUGACAAGUGAUUUUCUGGACAGAGAGUCGGUGGAAGAGUUUAACAUCACCCUCACCGCCCGGGACAUGGGCUCUCCACCUCUGUUCACUCGCAAAACUAUUCUGGUGCAGGUGUCUGAUGUGAAUGAUAACGCACCUCAGUUCAAACAGCCUUCGUAUACUGUGUAUCUGACUGAGAAUAACGCGCCGGGCGCAUCCAUCUGCUCUGUGGCCGCACAGGAUCCAGAUUCUGGUCAAAAUGCGUAUCUCUCUUACUCUAUUCUGGAAGGGGACAUACAGGGGAUGGCGGUGUCCACAUAUGUGUCCGUGAACUCCGACAACGGGAACAUUUACGCGCUGCGAUCCUUUGACCACGAGCAACUUAAAAACUUUCAGAUCACAGUUCAGGCGCAGGACGCAGGGUUCCCACCUCUGAGCAGCAAUGUCUCAGUGAACGUCUUUAUUUUGGAUCAAAACGACAAUCUGCCUGUGAUUGUGGCACCGCUGGGGCCAAAUGGCACAGCAUCCGAAGAAGUGGUGCCCAGAUCUGUUGACCCGGGUUACCUCGUCACCAAGAUCAGAGCAGCGGACGCAGACGCGGGCCAGAACGCGCGUCUUUUCUACCAGAUGCUCCAGGCGACAGACCCGAGCUUGUUCAGCGUUGCUCUGUACACAGGCGAGAUCAGGACGAUACGGCCGCUGAUGGAGAAAGACCCCACCAGGCACAGACUGGUCAUUCUGGUGAAGGACAAUGGUCAGCCGGCCCUCUCGGCCACAGUUUCCAUCAUCCUGUCAGUAGUUGACAGGCUGCCAGAUUCGCGACCCGAUUUGGAUGACCUGUCACUAAUCCCCCAUCACAGCUCCCACUUCUCCCUGUACUUAAUCGUGUCUCUGGGCGCAAUCUCCUUCACAUUUCUCGUGGCUAUUAUUGUCCUGGUUGCAGUGCGCAGGCUGAAGGGCAGGCCCUCCGACAGAGAGUCCAACUUCUCCUCCAUCCCUGACUGCUGCUGCUGCUGCUGCUCCCGCUCGGAGACAUCCACCACCACGGAAGUGUUCAAAAAGACCAACUUUAACGUUCGCAUGUCCUCCGGCGCUUCCGGCUGCGCAGAGGCCAACAGCAACGGCGCGCUGCCGCAGGUCUACUGCUACAAAAUGUGUCUCACCCCGGAAUCGUCCAAAAGCGACUUUAUGUUCCUCAAGCCAUGCAGUCCGGUGAUGUCAGUGCAACAGAACAAUGCCAAGAGCACGGACUAUCUGACCUCUGGCUGGAGCGCACUGGACCGUAAUGAGCUGACCAACAACAGAGCAGCAACCCCGAACGAGCUGAAGUAUUCGAACAAGGACUGGACAUUGACCAAGAACCAACGCAACUCAGCUUACAAGAGGUAUAGUUCAGCAAAUAUGGAGGGUACUCUUUCACGCCAGCAAAAAUACGAUGCUGACGGGUUCUCCUGCUCCGUAUCGCCGCAGUACUGGACCUGGGGAAACCAUAUGAAAGACUGCAAGAUUUCACUCCAGGAGGAGGCAGUGCCAAACUACUCAUGGACUCCCAAGUACACCCAGCCUCAUUCGGACCAACCUGACUACCAGCACAACGUGUACAUCCCUGGCACCACGUCCGGCACCCUCAAGCUGCCCCCCAGAGGCGACCUGGACAUGUACAACACCUUCUCCACGUUUGGGAAGAAAAAGAGAUUCAUCUCAAACUAUGAACAAUCUUUCGACCAGGAUGACGGUCUUAUAAGCAAUCCCAUCUUUAAAUGA